AAGUUCACAUAUCUUUUACAAUACAUUUUAACCUAACCGCCGAUUCUCAUUACUCUAAGACGUUCUAUUCAUAGCAACGAUGUCUCUCAAAUUGUCUGCCCUUGUUCUUUUUGUUGUAGCAGUUGUGGUGGCCAAUUCUCUGAGUCUUAAAAAGCGAGCAGCUUCCACCUGUGCUCCUGGACAAUUCACUUGCAGAAAUGGAGUCUGUCUAAAGAAUGCUUAUGUGUGUGACACAGAAGACGACUGUGGCGAUAAUUCAGACGAAGUUGGAUGUCCCACUGACUGUAGCGGCAACCAUCAAUUCAAAUGCGCCAACAACAGAUGUAUUCCACACGAGUUCUGGUGCGAUGGAGAUGAUGACUGUGGGGAUAAAUCGGAUGAAGCUCACUGCCCACACUAACUGACCAAAAACGAAUGGAGCUACUUAAUGACGUAGAAAAAUGAAUGCUAGAUCUAGUAUUUUUUGAUGCGAUCAUCACUGUUCCAUUGACGAACUUGGAUAUCAGUGUGUUUGACAACCUGUACAUUCAAACUAUAUUUUUUACAUUUUGUUUUACUUGUGAUGUUGAAUUAAAAAAAUAUUCAAAACCCAA